GUGAGCAGCCAGCCUAGAGAGGCACACACCCAAAGCACAACCUGGCCUGAGACUUAUUCUGUGGCAGAGAUGAAGUUUUUCCAGCACAUCGCCAGACAGGCUCCCCGUGACACUGUGCACCUGAGAUGCCUGCAGUUCUUCACCCGUCUUGUGCUGGGCUUCUGCUUUCCCACCUACACCAUGAAGACCAUUGUCAUGCACCUGCUCAAUGUGGUGCCUGUGUCACAGUGGCGCAGGAGAGAUUUGCUGCAGCGGCUGCUGGAUAUCAGCGAUAGCCUGUGCUUAUGUGUGCUAGCAAAACGCCUCAACCACUUCAUUGUUGGGAACCAGAGGCUGCCUCAGGACAUCAUCCAUUUACCCCCAGAUGUUCAAAUGGCUCGGCCAUACAAUCUCUUCCAUCGCCUGGCAGAGGAACCAGCUGCACACAACCAGGCCAUAAACGACUUCCAGGUUCUGCGAACGUGGUUCAAAAGAAUCCUUCUCGGUGAGCUGUGACUGAGCAUGCUGAUGCACGGAGCUGUGCUUGUGCUGCUCACAGCUGGCAGCAGAGAGACACCUCAUAGAACAAAUUUAGUGCUUUAAGGAGAAGAGAAUGCGUGCAACAGCUCUGGCGAAGGUCUCACAGCCUCUC